AUGUCAGUGCUCGGAAUCGACAUAGGAAAUGAUAACUCCGUGGUUGCAGCCAUCAACAAGGGAGCCAUCAACAUCGUGCGGAACGAUGUGUCGGAGAGGCUGACGCCCACCAUGGUGGCGUUCACGGAGAAGGAGAGGUUAAUUGGAGACAAUGCACUAGCGAAGGUGAAGUCUAACUUUAGGAAUACAUGUAGGAAUAUAAAAAAUCUUAUUGGGAAGUUAGCAGAGCAGGCUGACCAAGACGACAUAGAAUUGAGUGAAUCCUUUGGCAAUAUAGUCCCUUGUGAGCAUAACUACUUGGGAUACCAGGUUGAAUAUAAAAAGGAAAAGGUGGACAUAAGUGUCGUGAGGUUAGCAGAAAAAUAUAUAGGAAAAGAAUGCAACGAAAUUGUUUUAUCUUACCCCCCUACUUUUACAAACAGCCAAAAGGAAUGUCUCAUCGCAGCGACAAAAAUUAUUAACGUGAAUGCUUUGAGAAUUAUAAGCGAUAACACAGCUGUCGCUUUGGAUUAUGGAAUGUACAGAAUGAAAGAAUUUAAAAAUGACGUUGGGUCAGUAGUUGUGUUUGUUAAUAUAGGGUAUGCCAACACAUGUGUGUGUGUUGCCCGUUUUUUCUCCAAUAAAUGUGAAAUUUUGAGUGAUGUGGCGGAUACGAAUUUGGGAGGAAGGAAUAUCGAUAAUGAGCUCAUUAAGUACAUUAACAACGUGUUUGUAAAUUCGCAUAAAAUGAAUCCGUUAUAUAAGGUAAGGUCAACAGAUCUGUGUGAAAUGGGAACGGGGAAACUGAACCCAUAUUUUGUGACGUCCAACAAUGAAACGAGUCAGAUUGACAAUAAGAUAAGGGUGAAACUACAAGACGUUGCAGUGAAGACGAAGAAAAUCCUCUCAGCGAAUAACGAAACGUCUAUACAUGUAGAGUGUCUUUAUGAAGACCUAGACUGUCAAGGAUUCAUUAGUAGAGAUAAUUUUGAAGAAUUGUGUGCACCAUUCUUUCUUUCCAAAUUGAAAUCCUUAUUAAAUAAAGCUAUGCAAGUAAGCAAACUGAACAUCGCAGAUGUACAGUCGAUUGAAAUUUUAGGAGGUUCUACCAGAAUUCCAUUUAUACAAAAAUUUCUGCAACAAUAUUUCGACAAGCCAUUAUCCAAAACGUUAAUUGCGGAUGAAUCCGUCGCUAGAGGGUGUGUCCUCUCAGGAGCCAUGAUUAGCAAGCAUUACAAAGUGAAGGAAUACGAAUGCAUAGAGAGAGUGACACAUCCUAUUAGUGUCGAAUGGCAUAACGUUAAUGAUCCAUCUAAGUCAAAAGUGGAGAGAUUGUAUGACACAGAUUCAUUAAAGAAGAAGGUGAAGAAAGUAGUCAUUCCGGAGAAGGGACAUAUCAAAGUAACUGCAUACUAUGAGGAUAGUCCAGACUUACCACCACAUUGUAUUAAAGAGUUAGGGUCCUGUCUCAUUAAAGUAAAUGAAAAAAAUGACAAGUUAGUUGAAUCACAUGUAAUGACAACUUUUUCGGAGAGUGAUACCUUCACCUUUUUAGGUGCACAGACAGUGUCCAAGACGGUGAUUAAAUCUAAGGAGGAUAAAAAAAAAAGUGAGGAGAAAAAAGAUAUACAAAAGGGAGAUGCAGCAGGUGGUGGGGCAGGAAGCGCAGAUGCUUCAAAUGAAGGGGAUACUGAUGGGAAGGAUAAUAAAACAAACGAAGAUGAAUCAAAUAAAGGGAAAGAAAACAACAACGAAGGAACAACCAUGAAUGGAACUGCAACCCCAUCUCAUCAAAGUGGAAACAAAGCAGAACUAAAAAAAGGAGAAGAAGGAAAAGUGCAAACGUGUUAUACCACUUUACCAAUCGAAAUAAUCGGAGCUCCAGGAUCGUACAGUACCAAAGAUAUUUACAACUUCAGUGAAGCAGAAAUUAACAUGCAACACAGUGAUAUGCAAGAAGCAGAAAGGUUGAAAAAUAUAAACGAAUUAGAAACUAUCAUAUACGAAACGAGAAACAGACUUAACGAAAUGUACAAAGAUUUUGUGAUGGAAGAUGAGAGGGACUCCAUUUUGUUAGCCCUAGAUGAUUGCGAAAAUUGGAUCUAUGAUAAUAUUGAUGAAAAUAAAAAUGCCUUUAUAAAAAAAAAAGAACAAAUUAGGGAUAGGGUAAAAGACAUCAUAUAUAAAUAUGAUACGUAUACUGCAAAAGAGAAAAACUUGGGUAACAUUUUGAACCAUUUGCAGAAUAUAAUUGCACAGUGCGAUAAGAGACCAUCUGAGGAAAGUCAGAAAAUUAUUGCGAGGACGACUAAGUUAUUGGACCAUUUGAACGCCAUGCAGGAGAAGGAGAUGAAGCAGGCCUUGUACGAGGCACCACUGUAUACCCUGAAAGAUAUAGAAAACGAAUUUAACGAAGUCACACAGAUGGCGCAGAAGCAUUUCUCCAAACUUGAGGCAGAAGAAUUAGCCAAGCAGAAGGAGAAGGAGAAGCAGGAAAAACAGGAGAGGGAGAAAAUGGAAAAGGAAAAGAAGAAACAGCAGCAGGCCGAUAGAAAGGAUGCCGACGAUAGUGUUGAGAAGGAUAAUAAUAAGGACGCCAAGGAGACCGACGAGACGGAUAACUCCACGAACAAGGACAACGCGGGGAGCGCGGAGGAGAAGGAUAUCUAA